CCGUGUGGAACACGUGUGGACCAGGACCGCCGGACUUCGCUUAUGGAGGAUGAGUGGGAUGAAGAGGAGCAGGUGGUGGUGGCGGAGCUCUCCGGAAUGAUUAACUCAGACGUGCUGAGUGGGCCUGGGGGAGUGUGUAAGAUCGUGGGCAUGAGCACCGAGCAGCCCAUCCUGCAGCUGGGCAGGUACGUGUUCGCCGGGCAGUACGAGGACUCUCUGGGUACCUGUGUGAUCUUUGAGGAGCAUCCUCAGGACCAGGCGGGUUCCGACCAGAAUCCCGCCCUGCAGUACAAGUGCCACACCACCAAGAAGCUGAUGCUGCAGAGGACCUUCCUGUACGAGAGGAAGGAGGGGGAGGCGAGCACUGGUGGGAUUGAGAUCCUGUCCCUGAAUGAGGGGGAGAUGGGUGGCAGGGCCAACACUGUGUGCCACUACGGCCUGGACCCUACAGAGACCCAGGGGCCCAACACGGGAGACGUGAUCAGCGACGACUCGGACAUCGAAAUAACAGAAGCAGGAGAAAGUUCAGUCAUGAAGGACGGUGUGACAGAAACACCACAAGUCUGAGAACUAGUACUGGACUAGUAAUCGAAAGGUCAAUGGUUCAAGCCCCACCACUGCCUGGCAGCCACUGGACCCUUGAGCAAGGCCCUUAACCCCCUUAAAAGCUCAGACAGUAUACUGUCACAGUACUACUGUAAGUCGCUUUGGAUAAAAGCGUCUCCUAAAUGCUGAGAAUAUAAAUGUAAAUAAUGAUCUGUAAAGUGGGUGGUACAGUGCAGCAGGUGGAUUGGCUGCACUCAUGUCUCCCCACCUAAAUCAUCGACCAGUUUCAAAGCCAGGACAUUGUCCAACGUGCUUACAAACUUCUGUACGGACAAUAAAGUUCAUUGUAAAUGAAAAUUAGUAGCAGUAGUAGUUCGCAUGGCGCUACGCCUCUAUUUAAAGCGCAGAGAGCCACCUGAAGUCGUCUCCUGUUGGGUGGAUGGUGCUGUAUCCUCCUCUCAGGCUGGUUAUCGUCCUGUGGAGCCUCCAGACAGGUCGGACACAAAGGGGAACCCCUAUACCGGAUGACCUCAGUCAGUCAUGUGGCUGCUGUCCACUGUCUUCUUGUAAGGGUGUUGAAUCCUGGCAAUGGCUUCUUUACCAGACCUGACCGGCUGGGAAUUGAACCCAGGACCUUCUCGCUGUGAGAUGACGGCGCAAAACGCCACAAAUGUAAAUGUAAUAAAAUGUAUGCCUGUAUAGAAUUGUGUUCUAAAUAAAAAUAAAACAGCAGCUGCACCGGUUACACCUGUAACCCUGCUAGUACGUGGCUGUAU